ACACAAAAAAAACACACACUCUCACACACAAAUGGCUUAUCUAUAAAACUGAGUUUCUGUCUGUCUAUCUCUCUCUCGUCCGUCUAUCUCUCUCUCAUCAAUGGAAGUUUCAGAAGAAACUGAAAUUGGAAGUGAAGGCUUACGAAAAAGGAUUACCCAAAAGGGAGUUUCAUGGAAAACUCCAUUUCCAGGCGAUGAAGUUGAAGUCCAUUACAGUGUGCAUGUUCAGCACGGGCCAUAUCUCAAUUCGAGCAGUGAAGGAACUGCUUUCAAAUUCAAAUUAGGGCAAGGUGAAGUAAUCAAAGGAUUGGAUGAGGGAAUUGGCACCAUGAAGAUUAGGGAAAAGGCAAUUUUCACCGUACCACCGGAUUUGGCCUAUGGGGAGGUGGGUUCUGAACCUCUGAUUCCGCCGAAUUCAACACUUAUUUUUGAUGUGGAGUUGGUAUCAUGGAACACCAUAACAGAUAUAACUGGGGAUGGAGGAAUACUGAAGAAGAUGACAAGGGAUGGUGAGGGAUGGGCUACUCCCAAAGAUGCUGAUGAAGUUUUUGUUAAGUAUUCAAUGCUUCAGGAUGGAACAGUUCUCUCUAAUUCCAAUGAGGGUGUGGAAUUUUCUUUAACAAACGGUUUUCUGUGUCCUGCGAUGAGCAUAGCAGUGAAGACGAUGAGGAAGGGUGAGAAAGCAGAGUUAUCAGUGAAGUUCUCAUAUGGCUUUACACAAAAUGGAAGUGGAAUUACUGGAAUUGGUGGUGAUAUUCCAUGUAAUUCAGAUUUAAUUAUCCAUCUUGAACUGGUAUCAUGGAAGAGUGUCAUUGAUGUCACUGGAGAUAAAAAGGUCCUCAAAAAGAUAUUGAAAGCCGGUGAAGGCUUUGACCAUCCCAACGAAGGUUCUGUUGCAAAAGUGAUGUAUAUUGGUAAACUUGAAGACGGAACUGUUUUCGAAAGGAAAGGAUCCAAUGAGGAACCUUUUGAGUAUAUGUGUUUCGAAGAACAAAUCAAUGAAGGUUUGGAUAGAGCAAUCAUGACUAUGAGAAAAGGAGAACAAGCAGCCGUGACUGUCAGCUCUAAUGUUGUCCAUGGCAAUGAAACUGUGGGAAUGGUUUCCCCAGAUUCAGUUCUUCUUUAUGAAGUCGAGUUGAUUAACUUCACCAAGGAGAAACCAUUUUGGAAGAUGGACACAAAUGAGAAAAUAGAAGCUUGUGAAAUGAAAAAGCAUGACGGAAAUCUACUGUUCAAGGCUGGAAAGUUUCAGCGCGCCUCCAAGAAAUAUGAGAAGGCUUCAAAAUAUGUCGAAUUUGACCACUCUUUCAAUGAAGAUGAGAAGUCCCAAGCUAAUGCUUUGCGCUUAUCAUGCAAUUUGAAUAAUGCUGCAUGUAAACUUAAACUCGGAGAAAACCUUCAAGCUUCAAGAUUAUGUACAAAGGUUUUAGAACUCGAUCCAUUGAAUGUCAAGGCUCUGUUUAGACGAUCUCAAGUAUACCUAAGAAUAUCUGAACUUGAAAAGGCUGAAGCUGAUAUCAAACGAGCUCUGACAAUUGAUCCUGAUAACAGGGAUGUGAAACUUGAGUACAAAAAGCUAAAAGAAAAGAAAAAGGAAUAUGCUGGAUAUGAAGCUGCAAUUUUCAGCAACAUGAUUUCAAGGAUGGUUUAGAAGCAAGUACUGAUCAUGAUAUAAUUGGGAGGUUGCAGCCAAAGCUUGCCCGAUAUGGAGCCAUCUCAGCACUAUCAUCAUCAUCAUCAUUGAUCAUCCUUGCCUUAAUUCUAUAUAAAUGAAGUCGACCACAUGAAUUCUCAUUCGUUUCUAUUAUAAGUCGUCUUUUUAAAAUCAUGUGAGCACCAUAUGAAUCCAUAAUUUUAUCUUUUAGUUUACGAGAGACUAGAAAAAAUUCAAGGUUAGUGGAUCUUUGUUGUGUGCUUCAAGCCACCAUUAAAUGUUUCUGAAAUUCAAAUUCAAUUGUUGGUGUUAGAUAUUGUUUUGACACCAAUUGCUUGUUGGCUUUACUUUAAUACCACUUUAUAGGUUUAUCUCGUACCAAUUUGUAGUAAGCACAAUGUGAAAAAGGAGAAAAACUUUAUUCGGCUUGGGUUAAAUCCUAAUAAUGGGAAAUUCUUUUGCAUUGAA